UUGUGACUGUUUAAAAAGUUCUAAACUUCAUUCAGCAAUUUGUCUUAACUAUAUAUUGUUUAUUUCAAUUGUAGGAAGUCCUUCACAAAAAUUGUUCAACUCCGGAGGAAAGAAAUGACACAUGUUGGUGCUGUUACAAACCAUUUGACAAGUCUGAUGCUAAGUCAUUACUUGGUGGCCUGGAUACAUCGUUUUUGUUUGCCUAUGCUGUAGGCAUGUUCUUCAGUGGGCAGGUUGCUGAGAGGAUGAACUUGCGCUAUUUCUUAACAGCUGGCAUGUUUCUCAGUGGCUUAUUCACAGCUUUGUUUGGUCUUGGCUAUUUUUGGCAUAUUCACAGUUAUGCAUACUUUGUUUUUGUUCAGGUUGCUGGCGGUCUUGUGCAGUCCAGCGGAUGGCCUGCUGUAGUGGCGUGCGUGGGAAAUUGGUUUCCGAAGGGAAAACGUGGUAUAGUUAUGGGAAUAUGGAACUCGCACACGAGUGUAGGAAAUAUACUUGGGUCGUUGAUUGCUGGCAUUUGGGUUGAUGGUGAUUGGGGGUGGUCUUUUAUUGUACCAGGACUCAUCAUUAUUGGCAGCAGUAUUCUAGUUUUAUGCUUUUUAGUUGUUUAUCCUGAAGAUGUAGGCUGUGAACCUGUAAAUACUAAGAACCUGCAAGUAGCUGAAUCUGAACAAAAAGCCAUAUCUUUUAAAGGAGCUUUGCUUAUACCUGGUGUAGUAGAGUUUUCCUUAUGCUUGUUUUUUGCAAAACUGGUUAGUUACACAUUCCUGUACUGGUUGCCACUCUACAUCAAACAAGUAAAUCCUAACUUAUCAGAUGAAGAAAGCGCAGACCUGUCAACGCUGUUUGAUGUUGGUGGUAUAUUUGGGGGAAUAUUAGCUGGUCUAAUAGUAGAUCUCACUGGAGCAAGUGGCUUAGCAAGUUUUGUCAUGCUUGUUUUUGCUGCUCCUAUGAUGUUUAUAUACCAUUUGUAUGGAAAUCAAAGUAAAUCUCUUCGAAUUUGUUUAUUAAUGAUCACUGGCUUUUUUGUUAAUGGGCCGUAUGCACUGAUAACCACCGCUGUAUCAGCAGAUCUGGGUACCCAUGAAUCACUUAAAGGCAAUGCAAAAGCUCUCUCAACAGUGACAGCAAUAAUAGAUGGUACUGGCUCCGUGGGAGCUGCAUUGGGUCCUCUGCUUGCUGGCCUUCUAGGCAAAAGUUGGAGCAAUGUUUUUAUCAUGCUGAUUACAGCAGAUGUUUGUGCAGCAUUGUUAAUCGUACGGCAAGUUGCAAAAGAUAUCUUAAGACUACACUCACAGUACAAAUACAAAUUCUGCCAUUAUUCUGUAAUCAAUGAGAGUGGCUCCAAACCACUUCUGCAUGGUUCUGACGAAGAUUGAGACACUACAGUAUGAAAAGCAACUUCCAAUCAUUUAUGAGGACUGUUCUGUAGUUUUAGUUUAAACUUAAUUUUUUUCCGACGGAGUGGUCCGAACCAAGUGGUUGAAUAGAGCCUAGGAAUAAACCGACCGGAAUAAAAAAAUCCAUGAUAGAGUUCACAGGGAAAGCUUUUACUUCCAAUCUGACAUUCCAUCAUUUAUGAGGACUGUUCUGUUGUUGUAGUUUGAACUUAAUUUUUGUGAAGAAUACUUAUGCAUGAUAAUGCAAUUAACUAUGUUUACCUUUAUUUAUGUAAUAGAAAAACUUUAUUGGUUUUCAUAUGGAUAUUUGAGUUGAAAUUUUCUUUGAUUAAAGCCAAAAUUGCUUACUUUUCACUUGUACAAUGGAGUCCUAAAUUGGUUGCUACUUCUUUCUAUACUGACAAUAAUGCAUAUUGGUAGGUGGUGACACUUUAUUUUAUUUCAUAAUAUUCCUGGCAUAUAUACAAUACUAUACAGAAAAACUGCAAUACUGUACAAUUAGUUAAAUACUAAUAAACAGUUCUCUAAAUGUGUAUAUAUAGAAUGUAUAGAAUGUAAGGAUAAUAUUAAGGAAAUGUAACAAGUUAAUGGAAUAUGAAAGAAAUGAAAAAGAAAAGUGGGAAAAUAGGAGGUGGAAUAAAAAGAGAGAAGUUGUAAAAUAUAAAAAGGAAAAAAAAAUUAUUAGAGGAAAGUUGUAAAAAUAUUGAAUUAUGUAAUAAAAAUUGAAUAGUCACAUGGCUAUUUGAAUAGAUUAUUAUUAUUAUCCAUAUUAUUUUAGCUUGUUAUAUUUGUUUUUCUUUUGCAAUAAACAUGACUUGCACACACACACACAAACAUGGUAAUGGUCUAGUUUUAGCAAAUUGGGACAGAAAGCAAAUUUCUUGGAUUUUCCUUCAGCUCAGACAUCUGAAACCUUGCAGUGAUGUACUUAAAUGUACAAUAAUAAAUGAUAAAAACAAUAAAACAAAAGAAAUACGAUUAUGGCAACUAAUGAUAGAAAAGUAAGCACAUUUGUUUUCAUUCAAAGACAAAUUUCAACUUAAAGAUGAGGAUCAGAGACUACUUUAUUGUGUAUCAUGUACUGUAUUGUUUGUUCAAUCUUAAGUUAUACUGUAAGGUACAUUAAUUAGAUGGUAUAAUUAGAUCUUGAUGUGUAAGUAUGUGUAAUCAGUUUUGACAGUAUUUCAAUAUAUUUUUCUAUUUUGUUAUAUAUGUACUAAGUUACAAAUUAAAAUUAGAUAGAUUAAUUAAAUGAUUGAUAUAUUCAUGUAUAUAAUUGAGAGGAUGAUUAGUUUUUAAUAUAUGGUGUUACUUCUUAAGCCGGACGCACAUGCAACAGGGGUCGUGAUUACAUGGACUGCAUCAUAUUGCAUUUAAAAUGCAUUGUAUUUAACAAUUUGCUUAGAUUACCACCAAGAAUCAGCAGUGACGGAUGGUUGACAGUCCAUCGACUGAGGAGAGGCAAUUUGUGCCCAGCUGAAGUUAUUCAAAAUAUUUUAGAUGGUAUACAUUAGCUUUUAAUGCAAUAUUUUGCAAGUUACACAGUAUAUCAAUUAAAUUUUUAAAAAUUCUAUUUUGUUAUAUACUCAAUUAGUGAUUGAUUGAUAUAUUGUGUAUAUAAUGAAUAGGUGUGUUAUAUUCUAUUUUAUUAUAGUUAUACUUAACUAUAGUCAAUGGCCCGGAAUAAAAAAUCCCAGGUGGGUUCACGGGGAGUUUUUAUGGCUUAGUAUGGUCCAAUUUGGAUUAUCAUUUGGAUAGGCAAAUUAUCAUUUUAACAAUUUUUGAUUCGACGACCUAGUUGUGGUGGGUGGGGGUCCAGGCCUGUCCGACAGGAGCGCAAAGGCCCCGCCCCCACUGGUGCCACUACUGUGUAUAUAUUGACAGGAAUAACAGGUCAGUGUGUUAAAACAAAUUCUGUGACUAAUAACACAGUUCGCCCUCCAAAUUGAGACCGCCUAGGGACCUGAAAAUUUGAGGUGGUCUUAGGGUUUGGUCUUCACAUAAAGGGUUAGCUUAGUGUUAAUAUAUUGAAGAUUGUUAUUUAGUUCUUGGAGAAAGUGGUUAAAGUGGUCUCGGAAUUAGAGGGUGCGCUGUAUACAGUAUUAUUUCUGGCUGUGAGACAAAAAAAAUUGCCUUUGUAUUUUCCAGGCCAGACUGACCCAAAAUCUCAUAAAAAAGCCCAUAUGUUUUUGUAAACCCAGGAGGAGCACCAAAAUCCUGGUAUGAUUACCACUUGUUACAGUUUAAUUAUUUAAUAAUUUAUCAAAUUAGGUUUUACUAACCAAAAUGUAUUUGACUGACAGUUGUUAUUGAACUCUAGAAAUAAGUCUGUACUAGUAAAAAAUUACUGAAUGUCAUCGUUUUGGGCAACGCAAUUUUUUGUUCGCCUUGGCAAGGUCCAGGAAGAAUAGUACAGUGUGGUGGUUUUGGACCACCUACUACCAUACCUUUGGUAAACAAAAAGGUAUAGAAUUCAAUUUGAACUAGCACUGAUGUUUAUAUCGUCAGCAAAAGAUGUCAUUUAUGUGGUUGGAGCAGUGUUGAUAACAUGCACAGGUCAUAUUUAUUAUUUAAUUUCAGAUUUUAUUAGUAUAUUCUAGAUUUAGUAUAGGUGUAAUUUUGCCCAACUUGAUGUGAAUGUACUCAGUACAGGGGCGUAUCUCGGGGGGCGGGGGCACACGCCUCCCCAAAAAUUACUCGCGCCCCCCCCCCCCAUUAGCCCCAAAAAUCACAGUAAAAUAGUUAAAAUCUCAACUGGUCAUCAAGCCACCAACUUUACCUUCACAGGGGCCCCCCCCCCAAUCAGCACCCUCACUUCAAGACUUCUUGAUACACCACUGACGCAGUAUGUGUGGAAAAAAUAGCAAGUUGUUAUCGGGUUGGACUUGAACCCACGAUCUCCAGGCUGGCACCAUACCUCUAGACCACCAAGGUUGAAUUCCAGCUCAAGUAAGCAGUGGGUACUGCAAUGUGAAGGGUAAUUGUUAUUGUCGUGAUGGGAAAAGAAACAAAAAUUACACAUAUACUUGAUUAUCCCGACGCAAAUCUAGUUUGUUCAUUCCAUCACGACAAUAACAAUGUACCAUUUAUAUUCUAGAUUUGUUUAUUUUUUCCAAAAAUUAUAAUCAAACAUUGUUAAAAAUAUUAAUAUAUAGACAAUCAUUCAAAUUUUGUCUUUUUGUUACAUUAUUGCACCUGGUGUAUGACUACUAACAGCACUUCACAACCUAAAAACACUUUUUUAGAAACAAAUAAUUUUUAUCUUAACAUGAUCACAUCAGUAUUACAUCAUAAUUUUUGAUAUAACAUGGAUUAUCAUUAAAUAUUAAAACUGUAUCAUAA